AAUGUACCAAAGGAAUGUGAAGAAACUCUUUGCGCGGUUCAAACUCGCCCCUUGCGUAUCAUAGGCAUUCUUUUCUUUGAGGUAUCAUCUUGUAUUCUAAUAAUCAAACCAUCAAUUACUAAGAAAGAACAAAAGACUCAAAGCGUUGCGCUAAACCGCUGCACUUCAACGCUGGUAGAAAAUUGUAAACAAAUCUCCAACUCAAGAUACUUCAGAAGGUUAAAGCAAUUCGCGUCAGCAAGCCAUAAAUACCCAGUCCAAAUGGUAUAAUACAACAGCAAUAUACCCACUAAGGUCGCAACCCAAUGGUGUGGUAUUACGCUACAAAUUGGAGCUGCUUGUACUUCAAACCUCAUCUUAAAAGCCGUGGAAAAGACUGGUUAUCAAAUACCACAAGCAGACACGAACAACUAAAGACGAAGUGUAAAUUGGACCUCAGUGUGUCAAAAUGUUUUGCGGUUUGGAAUAUUCUGCACUCAUUUGAGGCGAUUUACGCGACCCAGUUUUAGAGACCGAUGAAGCCACGUCAUAACUUUACACUAUUUCGGUUUCCGAACCAUGGCUUCCCAUUUGUUGACAAAAGUGAGGGCCCAGUCUAAAUAUGGCAGCCACUCGGACUCGAGUGACACAGGCAGCCACUGUAGUAGCGAAUAUGGCUACUCUGCGUUACAUGCUGCCGUUAUAUCACGUGAUUUAGAGUAUCUCAAUUCCUUGCUUCUUAUUGGCUGUGAGCUUGAACAAAGGGACUCCAAUGGCUUUACUGCGUUGCAUGUUGCGACAUUGGAGAAGUCCGCUGAUCUUGUAAGGAGGCUCAUCAACGCAGGCAGCGAUCCAACGACACUGACAUGGGAAGGCAUGAGCCCGCUACAUAUAGCAAGCGACAGCGAUGGAUGUCGGGACGUCGUGUCAGCGCUCUGCUCAGUAGGCGCAUGCGUAAACAUAAGAAACAAGGUUGGGAGAACAGCAUUACAUCUUGCUGCCAGACGUGGUUAUCUGGAGUAUCUGAGGGUGCUGCUCGAUGCAGGCUGUGAAAGAGAUGUUCAGGAUAAGUUCCGCGCUAAAGCUGUAGACCUUGCUAGGAACUUUGAACACCACGCGUGCGUGGAGUUCUUACUUCGUUACAUUCCAGAGAAACGAAUUGUCAAGGAAUCAAGAAAGGCCGAGAAAGUUGAGACAUUAGAAAAACUUUGGGGUUUAUUUCAAGACGAGAGGGUUAGCCACGACAAUAUUAGUUGCGUGCUAAUCAACCACUUGGAAAAGAAUAUCAACGAGACUAACACCAAAUACUUGAAGCCGCUGCAAGAAAAAAGUCCGAAAUGCGACGAGACAAAGAAUCACGAGGAGACACAGUUUUGCAAAAAUACAGCGAGGAAUAAUGGGACAUCGGCGACAUCAACUUUAUCGCUUAGUGUAACACCAUCUGAGGAAUACACGCUAUCGAACUACGAACAGAUUCCGUUAACCUUCAAAAAAUUCAAACACCACAACCCAAGAAAUAGCACACACAAAGGGGAUUACGAAGCAGAUCACGACAAGAGAACGGGAAACAAUGGUAACAAAAUUUGUAGUGGCCGGGGUACGGAUCAAAGCGAUACAACAAAUAAUAAUGCCCAACAAAACCAGGACAAAAUGCUGAAAUUCGAUCAAAGCCUCAGCAAGACAACAGAUGGAAGAUCGCACAAGGAUGAGGCAGCGGACCAUGUCGUUUUAUUAAGCAACAGUGAGAAAGACAACUACGACACGCCUGCCAGUAGGUGUCCAAGUUGCAUCAAGAAAAUGAAAAAGGCACCAAAUGGCGAAGAGAUGCCAAGCUACGAUACAAGCCUAUGCAAAACUGUUGCAGCAGACCACGAAAGAGUAAUGAGCCGUGGUAAGCUACCAAAACACAGAAAGACGUAUAGUAUGGAGUCAAGUCCCAGCGAGAGAGAAGACUACAUCAACAGAUCGUGCUGUUAUGGAAGGGCCAACCAUCUUGACGCCAAAGACCAAAAGGAAACAAAAAGCGAGUCUACAGGUUCAAAAUACGAUGAGACGGCGAACUACAGCAGAAGGCCGAAUAAUAAAGAGGUCGAGCAACACGAUAAGAUCAAAGGACGAAGUCAUGAAGAUAAGGAAGAAAAUAAAAAGAUCUAUUAUCUGAGGGAAAUCACUUGUUUUAGUGAGGUACCGCGUCUUGAAGUAGAGACACCAGACUGCAUCACAGGUACAAGUCAUGAAGAGAAUGAAGAGUAUGAUCUAAGAAUAAUCCCUUGUUGUAGUGAGAUACCGUUUCUUGAAGUAGAGUUGGACUUUGAGGAAAAACUGACAUACGAUGAGGCACCAGACUUCAACAAAAGCCCAAGUAAUGAGGAAAAAGUGGUCGACCACGAAAUGUCGAGAUACGGACGUGCUGGCGUAAAGCAAAGCCACGAAGAAAAGAUGGAGCCCGAGGAGUCAAUCCGGAAAAACGAUAUUACAAUGUAUAACGGCAAAAACCCAAGCCGUCAAGGGAACACGUAUCAAGGGAAGAUGCCGAAAAACGAUGACAGAGUGAAAGUCGGUGUAAGGGCACGCCACGAAGAAGCAGCGAAAUACGAUGAGAAGCCAAAGAUUGGUGAAUUCUAUUAUGUAGGGGGAGUCCCAAGCUUCAACGGCAAACCGAGCCAUGAAGUAAAGGUUGACCACAACGAGGAACCGAACCACCACGAAACACUGAACUAUGACCAGACACUGGACUAUGACGAGACACCGAACUACGACGUAACGCCGAGUCAUGAUAAGACACCGAACUACGACAAGAAUCCGAACUACGGCGAGACCCCGAAACACGACGAGGUACCGAACUACGACGUGACAUCGAACUACGGCGAGAUACCAAACAAGAACGAGACACCGAACAAGGACGACACACCAAACAAGGACAAGAAACCAGACUAUGACGAGACAACGAACUACAACGAGACACCGAACUACGACGAGACCCCAAAUUACGACGAGACACCGAUCUACAAAGAAACACCGAAAUGCGACGAGACCCAGAACCACGACGAGACACCGAACAAGGACGAGACUCUGAACCACGACGAGACAACAAUCCACGAAGAGAUACCAAACUACGACGAGACCCCAAAUUACGACGAGACACCGAACUACAAAGAAACACCGAACUGCGACGAGACAUUGAACAACGGCGAUACACCGAACUGCGAAGAGACCCAGAACCACGAUAAGACACCGAACAAGGACGAGACUCUGAACUACGACGAGACAACAAACCUCGACGAGACACCGAAAUGCGGCGAAACCGAGAACCACGACGAAACAUUGAACAACGGCGAUACACCUAACUACGUCGAGACCCCAAACCACGACCAGACACCGAACUGCGAAGAGACCCAGAACCACGACCAGACACCGAACAAAGACAAGACUCUUAACUACGAUGAGACAACAAACCUUGACGAGACACCGAAAUGCGACGAAACCCAGACCCACGACAAGACAUUAAACAAGGACAAGAAACCGGACUAUGACGAGAAAACGAACUACCAUGAGACACCGAACUACGAAGAUACCCCAAAUUACGACGAGACACCGAUCUACAAAGAAACACCGAACUGCGAAGAGACCCAGAACCACGACGAGACACCGAACAAGGACGAGACUGUGAACUACGACGAGACCACAAACCUUGACGAGACACCGAAAUGCGACGAAACCCAGAACCACGACGAGACAUUGAACAACGGCGAAACACCUAACUACGUUGAGACCCCAAACCACGACGAGACACCGAACUGCGACGAGACCCAGAACCACGAUAAAACACCAAUCAAGGGAGGGACUCUUAACUACGAUGAGACAACAAACCUCGGCGAGACACCGAACUGCGACGAAACCCAGACCCACGACGAGACAUUAAACAAGGACAAGAAACCAGACUAUGACAAUACAACGAACUACCAUGAGACACCGAACUACGAAGAUACCCCAAAUUACAACGAGACACCGAUCUACAAAGAAACACCGAACUGCGAAAAGACCCAGAACCACGACGAGACACCGAACAAGGACGAGACUGUGAACUACGACGAGACAACAAACCUCGACCAGACACCGAAAUGUGACGAAACCCAGAACCACGACCAGACAUUGAACAACGGCGAAACACCUAACUACGUCGGGACCAAAAACCCCCACCAGACACCGAACUGCGACAAGACCCCAAACCACGACCAGACACCGAACUGCGACGAGACCCCAAACCACGACCAGACACCGAACUGCGACGAGACAUUGGACAACGGCGAUACACCAAACUGCGACGAGACCCAGAACCACGACAAGACACCGAACAAGGAAGAGACUCGUAACUACGACGGGACAACAAACCUCGACGAGACACCGGAAUGCGACGAAACCCAGAACCACGACGAGACAUUCAACAACGGCGAUACACCUAUCUACGUCGAGACCCCAAACCACGACCAGACACCGAACUGCGACGAGACCCAGAACCACGACGAGACACCGAGCAAGGACGGGACUCUGAACUACGCCGAAACCCAGAACCACAACGAGACACCGAACAAAGACAAGACUCUUAACUACGAUGAGACAACAAACCUCGACGAGACACCGAAAUGCGACGAAACCCAGAACCACGACGAGACAUUGAACUACGACGAGACCCAGAACCAGGACAGUCCUCAUGAGAAAAUGGUGGAUGACGAUUCACACCACAACGAGGAGGCACCGAACCACGGAACAAAUCGUGAAGGAAAUAUAAAUCUCAACGAGUCUCCUCAAAAUAAUGUGACAUCAAAAAAUGACGGGAAAUUAAGACAUAAAGAAAAAAAAUUACAAGCUGAGAUGCACAUUGACAGAGCAAAUAACGGCAAGAGGUCAAGUUACGAAGAAGCGGUAGAACGUGAGAAGCCGAUAUUGGAUGACACAACUAACCGCCCUGGGCAGCCGAACCACAAAGAUGACGAGAUAAGAACACACGAUGGCAUACCGAACUCCUGCGAGAGACCUUCCGAUAAAGUAAAAGCGGACCACGACGUGACACGAACGCGCGAUGAUAUUCCGUAUUUCCGCGAGAGACCCUGCGUUGAGGUAAAAAAGAACCACGAGAGGACUCCAAAACAAGAUGAGGCCGACACUAGACCUUGUUAUGACAAGAAAGCUAAACACGACGGGUCACGAACACACGUCGACAUUCUGAACUUCUUCGAGAAAAACUGUGGUGAAGUAAAGGAGAACCAAGACAUGACGCCAAAACACGAUGAGGCCGAGGCAAAGCCGAGCUAUUUCAAGAAAGCAGGCCACGACGAGUCACGAACACACGAUGUUAUUCCGGAUUUCGCCGAGAGACCCUGUGAUGAAAUUAAAGCGGACAACGACGAGACACGAACACACGAUGAUAUUCCGAAUUUCCGCGAGAGACCCUGCGAUGAAUGUAGAGUGUACCGAGGUGACGUGCUGAAACACAAUACACAAAAUAUAGGCGAGAUGCUCAGCUUUGAAGUAAACGUGACCGAAGAAGAAACUUCAAGACCUGAAGGGACAUUGAAUCAUGGUAGACUACGUACCAUCGAAGGAGAUAGGACCAUUCACGAGAUUGAUCUGAAAGGAACCAAAGGCGCGUACGGCAAUGAGGGGGAUUUUAGUAGCGAAGAAGUAGUCGAAGAUGGAGUGGAACUCGCGAAAACUGACGAGGAAUACGUUGCGCAUGGUUGCGUAAGUGAAUUUCAAGAAGCUAAAAAACUAUCCAGACUUGAUGGAAGUGAAUAUUUGGACGGUCUAGCGGACCCUGGAAAUCCGCAUAACGGUGCUAAGUAUCUGGACAUCGAAAAGCCAUUUCUAGUAGAUAAGUAUAAGAAAGAUCGAGAAGGACACAAAGACGAGCAUAGUAUGACUGUAAUAGGGAGAACCCUGACAGUAAAUGAAGGCAAACAAGAGUUCCACAUGGAAGGAAGUCAAGAUAUGAUGGUAAUAGGGCAAACCCUAAAAGUAAAUGAAGGCGAACAUGAGACCCACAUGGAAGAAAGUCAAGAUAUGAUGGUAAUAGGGCAAACCCUAAAAGUAAAUGAAGACGAACAAGAGUUCCACGUUGUAGGAAGUCAAGAUAUGAUGGUAAUAGGGAAAGCCCUAAAAGUAAGUAAAGGCGAUAGCGAACAAGAGUCCCACAUGAAAGAAAGUCAAGGCGCUAAUGAGCAGAUGAACGGGGGAAAAAGUAAGUCUGAGAUUGUUCUAAAAGAACAAUCUAUCGAAAGAUGUGGAUAUUAUGGUUUACAAACUCCAGUGACAGUGGAUGGAACUGUAAAGAGUGAGGAGUUAGAGGAGGAAGACAUCAAGUCCAUGGAAAAAAAUGGUAAAGGGAAUAAAGAAGUCGAGGAAGAAUGUAGUGUUAUUCUCAUCAGUAACGCCUCGCGCGCGACUUCUGAACAUGAUGAAAGAACUGUUUCCUCUGUAGUUGAAACGUUCCCGUUGCGAAAAUGGAGCCCGGACGACUGGCAUACAAAGCUAUGUGACCAGACAAAAUUACCAGCGCGAGAGCUGUUGUCCAAGCUUCUAAUGGGGAUAAGAACGUCAUCAUACGAAGGAAAUGGAACUAGAUGUUAUCGUUUAAGAAGAUGUCGUUCUUUACCCGUAAACUGGAAAUUCAGCAGAAAAACAAUGAGUUGGACACCUGACGAUUUCGCCCAGCUUAUAUUUAGAGUAAGCAAAGAGUACAACAGUCGCCCUAAGGUUGUCCUGUUGCUUGUCGAUGCCGCUACUGAUUUGGUCUUCUCGAGUGUUGUGGCACCUGAAGACAUUGCGUGCGCGUUACUGGGUCGAGUAAACCUAUUGGAAACAAAAAUGACCAAACGUAUACCAUGGGAGAAUAUUUCUGUCGAAGAGCACUGCUCCUUUUUACUAAUCCUUCACUACAUUGCUAAAAAGGACAGUUCUCCUCCAUCUUUCUCGUCUGCUCUUUUACAACUUUUGCUAGACAACCCCAAAGGAUUAUGUACAUUCGCUUUACGUCGCCUACAAUUGUUGACAUUUCUAAUCAUUAAGACUUUCCCGUUACUCAACUGGGACGAAGAUCUAGUCGCCAAAUUGUUUAUGGCAAUUUGCAAAGGGGUACAAAGCCAUCAUAUACUUCUUGAGGUUGUCGAGUUCCUUUUUAGCAAAGCAUGUUAUGUUUGUGACAACACGAAGCUAUUUACUAGGGUAAUAAUACGAAUGGGCUUGCUAAAAGAUGAAGGCGGCUUAGAGUACUGUGAUGAUUUGGAAAGACAACUCCUUGCUCUUUCACAUGUCUUUCAGCAGAGCUAUUUUCCUCAAUCUCUUACAUGCUUUUUUGUCGCAUUUCUUACAAAACCAAAUACAAGAUUAUCUCAACAUCCAGAACUUCUCAAGAAGGCCUUAACGGCUGCUUUACUAAAGAACAUUUUGUCAUCAUCUAAAGAUACCUCUGUUGUUGGGAGAGGACUCAAGCAAAUAUCAGACAUGCUUCCUCGUCAAUUCUGGGAUGUCGCAGUGGAGUGUUGGGUCACUAUUCUAGAUUCUCAAGAAGCAGCUCUAUUGCGUAGAAGAGUCAGAACAGGAGAGCUUCUACUUGUGUACUUGGGAUUACUGAAGAGCGAAGUGCCCUUGGAGCCCGUCAGGAAUAUGAAAGUUGCCCUGGAGUUGAUAAAAUGUGCAUUGCAACGACGUCUUUUAACCGAUGACAUUACAAGAGCAAUGCUUGGUGUGUUCUUGAGGAAGCCUCAUCAGAGACUUAACUCUUGUUCCAGACAAGUACAAGACAUCCUUUCUUCCUUAGAGACCUUAUAAUACUUGUUAUCCCAUGUAAGUCAGAAGCUUUCUAUCCGCAAGUUUUCUAUUAUCGGAACCGUAGCACAGGUGGAAACAUGUCAUUUAUUUGUCUGGGGUUGGUAGGAAACAACUAGUUAACAUAUGAGAAAACUAACGCAGUCUGAAGGCGAAGUAUGAGACACAUCGCCUAAAUCUGGGGACAAGCUCUUCCACCUGUUGCGAGCCAACGAUCACUUGUCCUUGUCAAACUUAUCCGUCCAUGAUUACGAUAAAAACGUAAUAAAGACGGUAAUCGCAUGUAUAUGGAUUUUAUACUCAAGCCAAAUUUAAACUUAAUUCUAAGUAAAACAUUUAUUUAUAAAAACGAGUGUAAAUAUUUCAAGCAGAACAAAAAUAUUAAAAAAAAGACAUUAUUUAUAUAAAAAAAA